CAUUUUAGGCCCUAUUCUACGUCGAUCAGCUUUACCUAAAGACACGAAAACGUCUCCUGAAUUAAAUGGGUCACCAGAAUCUCAAAGAGCACUAGUGAACACAUCCCCAGGUUCUCGUAUGCAACCCCGAUCUCGCAGGAAACCGCCCACAGGUUUGUUAAUACCUCAAGUGUCAAUAACCCAAAUAUGAUUUUCGUUUCGAUUUGUAUAAUAUUUGGCUCAUUCCAAAAAGAAAUGUAAUAUACCCAUGUCUUUAUAGUACAAAACCUCAUCUUGGUCGACUUUCCCAUCUUGGUCGACUUUCCCAUUUAAUGUCAAUAGAUGAAUUGCAAAUUAGUUUUGCUUUGUUUUUGCCGCGAAAAUUCAUCGAAUGACAUUAUAUUCUGAUUGGCUAAUCGAAAUUCUGAUUGGCUAAUCAGUCAUCAGGGGUUUCCCAAUUAUAUUCCCUGUAGUCCCUGUGGUUUUAGAUGAGUUCAAAAUAGCGGCCUUAGUAUAGAAGGGAGUAUUGACGAAGUUUUUUGUAAAGUGAUUAGCGAUAUUCAGUUGGCGACUGACCACUGUAUUCAACUGAAAGAGGAGCAAUAUAAAGCAGUUCGGGACCUUUUAGAAGGAAAAGAUGUUUUUGCUGUAUUACCGACAGGUUAUGGCAAAAGUUUGAUUUACCAAGCUUUCGUACGAGCGCGUGAUUAUCAAACGUCAGGGAAAGCAGCUAUUAUUGUAAUAUCCCCAUUGAAUAGCAUUUAUAUUUUAAGACCAGCUAAAAGAUAUGGAACGGCAAUGUUUCUCGUCCGUGGAUGCUUAAAUCACUAUAAUUACUAUAAUCACGAUAGUCCAUACGCUAUAAUCACUUUCAACUUAGCCUAUUCGCUAUCCUUUUAAAUUGAUCGAGAAAGUUGCUUCGAUUUGCUGUCGUAAGUGUCGUUGUUGUUAACAACUUGUCCUGCGAUGGGGAAUCUCGUUCUUCUGUGUCGAGGAAAAGACUUUCUAGUACUAGAUUUGACACACACAUUUCUUUACACUUUCGUUGUGUGAUUUCUUGGCAACUGCCGUUUGCUUCUCUCGCUCAGAUCGUCUGAAACCGUAUCGUUUUGUUCUUUAAUUAUCGUUCUUCCUUUACAAAUUUAUAUAGUUCAGCAGCGUUCCUUAUUUUCCUUACAAAGUUUACACACUCGAUCCGAUAAAGUUCGUUCUCUUGCUCAAAACUCUCUAUUAACUCCCAGACGAAGAGCCUUCUCUUAAAUGUCGAAGUUUGUUCUUAUUCGUCAGAUGGUUGCAUCCACUGGUUGCAUCCUACAUUCAACAGUCAUCAUAAUCCUUGCUACAUGCACUCAGUGGCUAUUUCUAGAAAAGCCAUAUAUACCUUAUAUAUACUUCAAUCUUAAUUAAUACAAUAUUCAAUACAGUAUAUACUUCAAUCUUAAUUAAUACAAUAAUUUAUAUACUUCAAUACAACAUAUACUUCAAUCUUUGUGAUUGAAUCUGAUGUUUAUUUAUUGCUGCUGACAGAUGUGGCAGAAAGAGGUAAUCUGGAUACAAGUUCUCAAAGCAGUCAGGAUGAUCUUGACGCAGACGAUAUGAACGAUAAAGGUUUGCCAGCGUUUUUGCCUAAAAUUCAUAAACAAUUUAGCUGAUUUAAAAUAUAUGUUAUCCCUAAAAUGUUAUCCCUCACACGCAUAUCAGAAUCUAAUGUAUAUUUCGAGUAGUUUGGGUGUGAAAUAUUAGUUAGGAAAUUAGGGAACGAAAAUUGCAUUGAAAUGUCUGCUCAGUCAAUCGAUUUCCACAGUUCAAGAAUAGAAAACAUUCGUAAACACCGUAUUCCAUUCUAAACGCAAAUUAUUUACUAGCUAUAUGCAAGAACAACACUAGACUUGUCAGUUUGUGAAAGUAUAAAACGUAAUGUUUGUUCCGUAGGUCCUACCGUGAGACGUUCAGCACUUGCCUUACCUAAACCAUCAUCUGAAGGUCUAUCUAAACAACUGUGGUAUGCAGGACCUAUCAGUCAAAUGAACAAACAAAAAUCGAAACCUGAUUCAACAGGUAAAUUUAUUUUUUAAAGUGAGAGCGUAAAUCCUGGAUGAUAUAUUUUAGAUGGUACUUUAAAUAAUAAUUUCAAAAUAAUUCUUGAAUAAAAUACAAAAGAAAUUAUUAUCUGUAAAUCGGUUAAAGAAUCGUCCUGAUUUACAUAAACUUUAGCUUCGAUUUUCUUGGCUAAAACAAACCAUAUCGUUAAAAUAGUUGGUAAACUUGAUUACUUAAAGGGUAUCAAGGCCGGCGAGAGCCAACCACGGGCCCCGGGACAAAAUGACGAUUGGUGAACGCGGACCCCAUGUCCCUCUCGACUCUCCCUCUGGCUAUUUUUAAUCGCAAUCAACGAGAGAAUUACUUGCAAGAAAUCGCCGCAUAACUGAUAAAAACGCAAUGUGAACGAUGUUCAGCUAACUGUUUUUGCUGAGAAAACGAUCGAAAAAUCGUUUAUUUCACAUUUGGUACGUUUUACGAUCGAUCACGACGAUCAGCGGAUAGUGUGCAAGUAGGCGUAUUUCAUUUAGGACAAACAUAAAACAAUGAUAACGAUACGAACAUUUUACCGAGAUUUCCGGGCCCCUCUGCAUGAGUACUCCAGGCCCCAGGUAUUUCCUCGCCGGCCCUUAGGGUAUUAGCAACAAAGUUUCAGUGUAUUUGAAUUGAAAGAACUUCUUAAACUGUAGAAUAUAUCUUUACUGUAUAUUUCAGUUAUUUGAUAUGUAAAUAAGAUGAUGUCACAAGCUAUAGGUAAACUUUUGACAGUCCACAAGACUCUAAAAACUUCAUUUUUUGUAUGCAGGAUUAACGAAUGGAAUUAUCAAUAUAGACUUGAAUGAUUUCAUCAACUUCGAACAGUCAGCUUUAUGAUUUUGGCGUGACUACAUCUUUGAAAAUAUUUUACCAGCUUGUGACGUCAUAGAUUUAUUUCAUUUGCAUAAUAGACAAAGCUAAAAUAUCUCAAGAGUAAAAGAACUUAUUUUACAGUUUAACCAGUAAGUAGUAAGCAGUUCUUUCUAUCUAAACAAACUCUACUUUCAUUGCCAUAGCCCUUGAAUUAAGGUAAAUGUAAAGCAUUCGCAUCCGAUCUGUGUCUGGUCUUCAGUACGCCUUUUGAAUCACAUACAGAUCGGCUGUUCAUGCCUUAUAUAUUACGUACAGGGACGCCAACAGAGGGCUGUGCAGUGGUCAAGCGGGACAAAACUGCCCUUUCAAUAUAAAACAAAAAUUUAUAUACCUGAUUACCUUAAGUUAACAAGUUAAUAACGCUAAAUAUGGUACAAAUGAAAUGGUGUGUUUGCAUGAUUCUUGAUUACGGUAGUGAAUAAGACGCAACUCUCCAGAAAAUACCAUUUUGGUAACUCUCCAAAAUACCAUUUUGGUAACUCGCAACUCUCCAGAAAAUACCAUUGAAGGUAAAGUUCCAAUUCAGAUAAAAUCUAAUGACACCCUCGCACUCUAACGAAAACUUUUCCUGGAAAGUGUUGAAAUGAUGCGGUAAUGACGUUAGUAAUCUGUACUUGAUUGCUAUGAUCACACUAUUAGGUCAUGUACGUGGCUCCAACAUGAGAUAGCUUCUAUGAAAUAAAUGAUUCCGUCUUUUAUUUGAAGUUAAAAUUAAGUCCUUUUCUUCGAAAAACACAAAUUGAAGAAUUACUAGAACGAAAAAUAAAUACUGGAACUUUCCAUGUUUAUCAUGUUGCACCCUGCACGCUUUGUCGCGUCUUGUCACCACGCCCCCUUUAAGAGUCCCCCUUGUUAUCAUUUCAGUCCUACACCACUGAUUUAGUCAAAAUAAUGUGAAGAAUUUGAACGUCAUAUCAAUGUUAUAUUAGAUAUAGUAUUUGCACCUACUGUAUAAGUAAAAACUGUGUUGACCUAUAUAUAAUUAUGUUAAUGUUUGCUGUUAUACUUUUCUGUAACCACAGAUAUUUAUAAAAAUGGACAAAUAGGUAUUUCUAAAAAGUAAUGUAAUAUCACUAUUUAUAGUAUAGGAUUUGUAAACUCUGAACGCUGAUUGGCUAAGCGCCUUGUUGACAUAUCUCAAUAUCAACAUGGAAAAUUUCUUUCUUUAUAUUUCUUUGUGCAAAAUUAUAAAAAAAUAUAAAACAUUUUUUUCGUAUUGAUAUAUAGUUAUAUCAACACUCGUGGAAAUUGGGAAAACUCGAAAUUGUGUGAGGUGAAAACACUCUGCCCAUUGGGCGUCGUGUUUUCAUACAAUUUCUCGUUUUCCCAAUUCGCACUCGUGUUGAUAUAACUGUAUAUCAACACGGAAAAUGUUUUAUAUUUGUUAAAUCUCCUGUUUUUCUCUGUUCAGUUGCACGAAGAUCAGUUUCACCAAGUUCUGAUAGAAGAAAUAAGCUUCAACCCAGAUCACCAGGCGCUGGAUCUGGAAGUAUGUUUUCCUUUUUUUCCUUUCACAUAUAUCUUAACAAAUUUAUAUGUUAAAUAUUUAUCAUUAUGAAAUCAACAAUGCGAUCAUUCUCGUACCCAGAGCCCUUCUUACGCGCGGUGCGACGAGGGGCUCUGGCCAAAUCCAAAACCGGAUACCAUAAAAACAUGGUAGAAGAAUAUAUCCGGUAUUAGAACAAUAACCUUCGUUGUAGCCAAUCAGAUGCCAGUUUGAUAUGGAUUUGGCCGAGCCCCUCGUCGCACCGCGCGUAAAAAGGGCUCUGGGUACGAGAAUGCAAUGCGAUCGUUUACGUCUAUACUCGAAUUCAAGAUAUUUGGGGAGCCUGGGGCAGAAUAUUCCCAAAACGUAAUUAAUCCUUCUGAUAGAAGAAACAAACUGAUGUUUGAGAGACGGCCCCUCCACGGGAUUCCUAUCUUCAAAAGGCCAAACAGAAGCUCAGAUUUGUGGUGAGGUCCCAACUUGAAAAAGUCAGCUCUACUCUGGAAACCCCACUCAAAUGGGAGCUCCAGUCAAGUUGUACCGCCGUAUUUAGAGUUUAGAGUGCUUCCAUCGAUCAAAUCAGUAAAAAGUAUUCAGAACGUAAUGAUCACCCAAACAUCAAGAACCUGCAACAAAUGUCGAGCCCUGUCUGCUACGGAUGUCAUCGAAAUGUGGAACCACCAAGAACCCUAACGACAGACAAACCCUAAAACAUUCCUUUCUCCUCCCAAAAACCUUCUCAUAUUUUUCUUGCAAAUGUUUUAUUUCUACAGAUCCGAAGUAAAGCGUUUCAUCUCUUGGUCAGCAUGAAAUAUUGUGUGUAUCUUAUGCCGAACCAUCAGUGCCAUAUUUAAAUUCAUAACGUUUACCCUUCCUGGCAAGGCUUAAUCUAGUGCGGAGACGCGGCAAGAAAGAGCCUUAAAUUUUACACUUUUGGUUAUAACGACUAAAACUAUGAUCUACCAUUAUCAACAAACAAGGCCCUGGCCCCCAACUCAGCAGGGCCCCCCAAAGCGACCAAGGCCCUUAAAACAAUAUAUAAUAAAGCAUAAUAUACUAUAAAACACCCGUUUAACAAUUGCAAAGUCAUAGGGGCCCCUUGGAAGAUUUUAUGAAGUCAUAGGGCCCCCGGGAAAGCUUUGCCCCGAACCCCGGGAACCUCUCGUUCGCCCUGUCAACAAAGACGGAGACAGGAGUAAAAUAUAGACGAUAGUGACCGUCUUUUCGUAGCGUCCUCGUACUAGAUUGGUUUUGUAAAAUGAAUGCACAUUCAAACAAUACAAACCACUUUGCUUUACUUGACAGUUGCUGCGCGAAGGACAGCUGGAUCUCGAGGUAGCAUGGAAGAUUUACUGGACGCAGAUGACAGCGCACGUAUGUACACAUUUAUUUGUUCUGCUUCAGUAGUUCUUUCACUUUUUGCACGGCAACCAGGGUACUUCUUUAUGAAGUACUUGAAGUUCUUUGUUUGCAUGGUAUUAAAAUGUAAUUGAUUUGUUUGUGUGAGAAACAUCACUUUAUUAUGAUAAAAAUUCGGACUUGCGAAUCGGCAUUUUUCCAAAUUAAAAAGCCAUGGUGCUCUUUUUUGCAAUAAAUGUGAUAAACAAUAACAGCACGACGUUUUAUGAUGCGCCUAAUGGUAUACAUGAAACUAGUUGAAACUAGUAGGCCAACUGAACCAGUGUAAUUAUUUUUGUAACUCCACUGCAUUGCAUGCAAUUACUGGAGUGUUCUGCAGCAUAUGUUCUGCAGUGCAAUUAACAAAAGAAGAGCAGAACUUGGAAAGUAGACAAGAAAACUCAACAUGGUGGCAGCAAUGUAAAUUUACUGUACGUUCACUUUCGUUUGAAAAUCCUGCGUGAACACAAAAAUUUAAACGCACAAUAAUAAUUUUUUUUAUUUAUUCUCAGUUAUAAAUAUGAACAAUGUAUGCUCCCUUUUUUACCAUUGAAAGCAAAGGCUUGAAUUAUCAAAAUGGCAAUAAAAUUUCGGUUAUUCUGAGCUUUUGAAGCCCCACUUGCAUUUCAUUGCCGUGGCAAGCUAGCAAUGUCCGAUUAGGCUAUUUUCUAGAUCGGCUAGCGCCCAUUCUCGUAUCCAGAGCCCUUCUUACGCGCGGUGCGACGAGGGGCUCUGGCCGAAUCCAUAACCGGAUACCAUAAAAACAUGGUAAUAGAAUUUAUUAUAUACACAAGGUCUGGAUACGAGGUAUUCUGCAAUCUGAUUGGUUCUCUACUAGCAGGAUAUUAGCUCAUAUCCUGCUAGUAGAGAAAAACAAAAUGGCGGCCAAACUGAAUUUACGAUGUUUUGCAAACGAGAAAACGGCAAGUUGUCGCUUUUUAUAGCCUUCACAGGAUUAAAAACACAAUGAAAAAACUCCCACAAUUUGUUUUCAGGUUAGCAAAUAAAUUUUUAAAAUUUAAAAUUGUUAAAAAUAUAUAUUUUUGAAAAAAUAAUCGGCCGAAAGAGCGAAGAUAAAAACAUAAACAAAAUAGAAAAAUAUUGAAAAUAUCCGAAUUCAGAUUUCAAAUAUCUGAAUUCAGACCUUGUGUAUAUAAUAAAACAGUUAUUCCACUCACUCUCGUCGAAUAUGAGCGAUAGCCGAUUCGGCGCUACCCGCCUCAUCGGCUAUCAGCUCAUAUUCGACUCGAGUAAUAACUGUUAAAUAUCCGGUAUUAGAACAAUAACCUUCGUUGUGGCCAAUCAGAUGCCAGUUUGAUAUGGAUUUGGCCAGAGCCCCUCGUCGCGCUCCGUUUACCGCGCGUAAGAAGGACUCUGGGUACAAGAAUGGGCUAGCGCCUUAACCGACUCUUACGCUUUUUCAUGAUCUUCCAACUUCCCGCGUGCUCAGUAACUCGAUUGAGCACACCAAAUCAUGAAAAAAUUCUUAAAUAUGGACCUCACCAUCAAUAAAACGAUACACUAAUUUGUGAAUACUAUAGUUCAUUCUGGCUCAUACCAAUCAACGGAAAGUUUAAAAAAGCUUGAAAAAGCGAACACAUUUGGAUGAUGUCAGCUUAAUAGGGGUUCGACUGCAGUAUUAAUCGGGCCACUGUAAAGAAACAAAUUGUUUCCUUGAAAACCAUAAUGUUUUCCAACAAAUCUUGUAAUUUUUGUUGCUGCAACAAUAUUUCCUAGUUUGCGGAAUGCGCUCAAAAAGAUCAUCCAUUUUGUAAACACAAAACUGGUCUUCGUACAACCCGCCCCAAUAUUCUCAUAGUUAUUUGAUGUUAUUAUUAUUAAAACUUUAAAGAGGGAAACAGGUGGUUCUGCUUAAGAACUGAUAUGUCUGCCCCUCAUGUUACAAUCAUUUCAUGUCUCUUCCGUUCCCACUAUUUUCAGCGAUUCAACGGAGAAGUUUACCCCAAGUUCCAACGGAUACAGUAGGCGUAAGGUCUCGUGCUGCUAAAUCAGAUGAAGGAAUCGGCAACAGAACACAACUUAAAGGAAAAAGCAAGGCCCAAAACCUUCAACAACCACAAGGAAAUGUUGUUGCUCGACGCUCGAAACUCACCACACCGUCUUUAAAUUCGCCCAAGGGUGUGGUUGCAAGGUGA